AACGGAGGGACAAAAAAAGUAGCUACUUUAUAUAGUCCGCACCGGACCGAUCGUAGCUCAAUUGCACGCCCGAUUCGCAGACGAGUAAGUCGACCGUUUUAGACCAUUAAGUUGAGGCCGGUGGCAGCGCACUUGCGUGGCGGAAAAAAACGCCAUCGUUAUCGUUAACGCACCCGUUUUUGCAUUCGGCGAGUUUCUCGAGACGCCGAAUAGAAGAGGUGGUGUGCAGUAACAGAACAAAUAGAAGAGCCACGAAAAGUGUGUUUGAGCAGGCCUGCAACACGUAGCGGUCCUUGGACAAAAACACGCGUCCUUCUUGGAGAAGCCAAACAUCAUGCAGCGAAGCUGAGUGUUUUGUAGCAAGAAAGUGUGAGCUGGAGAACGUCUACGCUUCCCAGCCUCUAGUUCUGAACGUCAAUUUAUUUGGUCCGGCAAGGACAAGGUCGAUACGUGAGCCGUAUAGGUUGUGCUAGAAGGUGAAAGUGUAUAAGUGUCUUUUGUGAUAUACUCUGCACCGUUGCGUUAGACCAUCAUUGUAGUGAAGAAAACAUUACCAGUGGUAUUACACCAGUAAAAUACGCGCUGAAAAAGUCGAAAAGGGACAGGAAUUUUAUUAAAACACAGAACACAAAAUGUCGCCCAAACCAGAGGAAAGCAUCCCCGUCGUGCACGUGUGCGACGAGCGGGAACUCGGCGAGGCUGGACUAAACAAUAGCGCCAGCCUGAGUAACCUCAGUGCCAAUCUGAAGCUGAACGCGUUCAUCAACAAUGGCUUCGUCAGUGAUUGCGCCCAGGCGGAGAAGCUGGCCAGCGACGCAAAGGACGAGCAGCGCAAGGAGGCGAAGAACAGCAAUGUCCUGGCCGGCACGAACACCACCGCCGCACCGAACGCCAACAUGGCGGUAGCCGAGAAACCGAUCGUAGACUUUGACGACCUGCUGCCCCACGUGGGCGAAUUCGGGCGCUACCAGAAGAUCCUGUUCCUGCUGAUGAUCCCGUUCGCGUUCUUCGUGGCGUUCGUGUACUUCUCGCAGAUUUUCAUCACCCUCGUGCCGGAAGAGCACUGGUGCCACGUGCCGGAACUGCAGCACCUGUCCGUGGAGGAAAGACGAGCGUUGGCCAUUCCCGUCGAUAAAUCGGCAGCCGGAGACUUUGCCGCUGACGUUGGCGACGGAGCGGCAGCCGUUAGCUACAGCAAGUGCACGAUGUAUGCCGUUAACUUCACGGAGGUGCUGGCCAACAACAUCCGCACGCCGGACCCGUCCUGGCCGACGCAACCCUGCCGCAAUGGCUGGGAGUACAACUUCACGGACGUGCCGUAUCAAACGGCAGCUACAGAUUUCGAAUGGGUGUGUGACCAUGCCUAUCUGCCGACACUGGCCCAAUCCAUCUUCUUUCUGGGUGCAAUCGUCGGUGGUCUACUGUUUGGCUGGAUUGCCGAUCGGUACGGUCGCAUACCAGCCCUGGCCGGUUGCAAUAUCGUCGGUUUUGCGGCUGGAGUCGCCACCGCUUUCGUCGGCAACUUUUGGCAGUUCAGCUUGUGCCGGUUUCUGGUUGGGUUUGCGUUCGACAAUUGCUUCACCAUGAUGUACAUUCUAGUUCUGGAGUACGUUGGACCGAAAUGGCGCACGUUUGUUGCGAACAUGUCGAUCGCACUGUUCUUCACCACCGCUUCGUGCGCGCUGCCUUGGAUUGCAUACUAUCUCGCGGACUGGAAAACGUUCGCCAUUGUCACCUCGGCCCCGCUAGCUUUGGCCAUCCUUACCCCACUGUUGGUACCGGAAUCGGCAAGAUGGCUCGUUUCGCAGGGUAAGAUUGACAAGGCUAUCGGAAUCCUGAAGAAGUUCGAAAAGAUCAACAAGAAGACGAUCGAUGCCAAGGUGUAUCAGGAGUUCAGUGACAGCUGCAUUCGACUACAGGAGGAAGAAGCCGCGAACAACAACUACUCGGUACUGGAUCUGUUCAAGACGCCCCGCCUGCGCAACAUCACCAUUCUGCUGAUCAUCAUCUGGAUGGCCAUCUCGCUGGUGUUCGAUGGCCACGUGCGAAACGUGGGCUCGCUGGGACUGGACCUGUUCUUUACGUUCACGGUGGCCGCCGCCACGGAACUGCCAGCCGAUACCUUCCUCACUCUGACGCUGGAUCGUUGGGGGCGACGGUGGUUGGCCUGCGGAACGAUGGUUGCCAGCGGGCUUUUCAGUCUGUUCGCCACCAUGGUGCCAAUGGGCGCGUACUCGGCAACACUCGCCAUCCUGGGACGCUUCAGUGUGAACAUUUCGUAUAACAUUGGGCUGCAGUAUGCGGCCGAGCUACUACCGACCGUGGUCCGCGCGCAAGGCGUUGCCUUCAUCCACAUUAUGGGUUACGUGGCGAGCAUCGUAGCGCCGUUCGUUGUCUAUCUGGCCAAUAUCUCACCCUCUUUGCCGCUGAUCGUGCUCGGUAUUCUGGGCAUCUUUGGUGGCCUGCUGUCCCUGCUGCUGCCCGAAACACUCGGACACGACCUGCCGCAAACACUGGCCGAUGGUGAAGAUUUUGGACGUGGGCAAAAGAUCUGGGACUUCCCUUGUCUUGCCAAGAAAGUGGACGACGUAGACACGUGCGACGAUCUGCCGGUCGAACGGUUCACCCGAGCCACAUCCAAAACCUCGAUCGGUGCGUCCCUGCGGGCCUCGACCCGUGGAGAACUUCGCUCGAGCAUGCUGAACCGGUCAAUCCGCUCGCGCGUAUCCGUCCGUUCGCUAGCCCAGUGCAAAGAGGAGCAGAUGUCGGCCGGUGUCUAGGUACUUCCGACUUUAUCCCGAAGCUACCCAACGAUUGAACCGGGUAGUGGAAAGUUAAACUAUUUCGAUAGACUACGUUUUCGAGCCCUAAGCUUGGGGUCGCCGUACUGCGACAGAUGCAGUGAAGCUUAGCGGCAGGAGACGGUGCGCUUUUAGUAAUGUGUAGAGUUUUAGCGUGUUGUUUGUUUUAGUCGUCAACGUCGUGCUACAAUUCUAGUCAACCGUAUCGGAUGAUUUAAAGAGAGACGUAGCUUGAUGCAAACUUGACCGAUAAUUUAUGCGUGGCCCAUACAGCCCCACUGCAAAUGACAGUAUUUAGUAUUUAAACCAUAGAGCAGGCGUUACACAGAAGCGUGGAAUUGGAUGGAAAAACAAAUGAAGCAAUAGAAAUGAGAGAUUAGGAAAGGGAGACAGUUGAAGAUGAAAAAGUUCCUAAGCAAGGAAACAAUCGAACAGCAGUAUAUCAAUACGAUCGUGAGCAAACGCCAUAAUAAGUAAACGUAGUGCCCAAAAUCGUUUCAUCGAAAAGUAUUAAAAUGCAACCAGCAGCAUCGUCCGACAUUUACUGUAUGUAUGUUUCGAUUGGCUGUAAGUAGUUUUGCUUAUUUCUUUAGGACACAGAAUUAAGAAAAAUUACUGCAGACAUUUGUAGCAAAUAAGUGCCAGGAAAAACUCAAUCUGAAGUAUACCUUCAACGGUAUAGCAGUAUUACGCAUCACACUUUUCGAGAUAACGACUUUUGGCAAGAGGUGUACACUGUUUUUUAAAUUAAAACGUAUUUAUGUCGAAAUUGUCAGGACGUCCAAGGAUAAGGAGCACGUCCCAAAAAGAGAAAGCGCCGCCUUUUACGAAACAAAACUGUUACUAGUAGAUCAUCGAGGUAUCUACUGAAAAGGCAAAUGUUCACGAGAGGAGUAAAAACUAGCCAAGAUUUCCUAGCAAGUUUCCUAGCCGCGAGUAGUGCAGGAAAUAUUUUAUUUAUUCCUUAAUCCACGGUAGAAGCCGUCAAUUGGUAGGAACUCCUCAUUUCGAGGUCUUAUUUUAAAUGUGCGUAGAAGAAUGGCGCUUUAUGUGAUACAAAUUAUUUGGGCAAAAAGGUUGUCUAGGUAGAACGGUACUAAUUUAUCAAAUGUAUUCACCGUAUCAUCAGUAAACAAAAUCGAAGAAAAAAAUA